UUCGUCUGGAACAAUUGCCGUAAUUUCAUACACGAUCAAACAGCUGGAAAUGUCAAGAAACGAAUCGAGUUGAACCUUUUUUUAUUAAAGUGGACACACAUAAGUUGUGAGUUUAUUAACAGUACAUUUAAGUUAAAUAAUCAAAUGACUAAAAUGUAAGGAAAAAAUCACUUUCAAGAAAUUCAACGGAAAGUGUAGAAGUGCAAGAAAUUCUUAAGCCCGUUAAGUGUCAAAAGAUGUGUUUUUAUUAUUACCCAGUGGAAAACCUUAAAUUUGUUUAUAGUUGAUUCAAUACGUUUUUGUAUAUAAGGAAAUAUGAUUCCAAUUCCGCGCAGACAAGCACAAACCUGUUUAGUUUCGCGCUGUUUACGUGGGCCGACGAAUAUUUAUAUGUGAAAUUCUCUGCGUGAAAAGGUAAAUAAACAGUGGUGGUGAUGGUUUUAACGAGACUCCACUAAGAAACGUUAAAUAACACGAAACAACUGCGGGUAUAGGUCACAUGCGUUUUUAAAAUUGAUGUGAAACACCUGGGCAAUGCCAUUGAGCUUAUCAGAGAGACGGUGGAGGAGACCCGCAAGGUUUGGUUUGUUGUUUUUGCCCUCAAAUGGGCAAUUGCCUGACCUGUUUCAAGGAGCCUGCAUCUACGGCCCUGGACAGCACUACCCCAAACUGUCAUAAAGAAGAAAUGACCGAGGCAGCUCGUCUGUAUCCAGCGCCGAGUCAUGUGCCAGCGUCCUGCGCCCCAACGGACGCGACCCAACUGAGCAACGGUAAUCACCUGGGCGGCGGCCUGGGAUCAGUUCUCGGAUCGACCGGUGUGCCGCCCGUACUGUCAGACAUCGCCGCCUCGGCGCCUGCCAUCACCAAAUUUUACCCGACUGUCGGACGACGCGUCCAAAGCAAAAGCGCCCCCGCCAUGGGUACCACGGACAGCAAACCGUCCGAUUCUCGGUUGAACGCUCUCUUCGAGACGUACAAGGACGAGUGCGAGGACACGAUCCUCGCGGAAGGCAUCGAACAAUUGUGCAAGGACCUGCAGGUGUCGCCAGACGACUUCAAAGUGCUGGUGCUCGCGUGGAAGCUGAACGCCGAACAGAUGUGUCGAUUCACGCGGGUCGAAUUUGUGAAUGGUCUGAGGUCGAUGAGGGCCGAUUCGAUUAAAAGUAUUCAAACUAGGUUGCCGGAAGUGGUGGCCGACGUUGAACAGAACGACGAGCAAUUCAAAGACCUUUACAGAUUUACCUUCCGGUUCGGCUUGGACACGGCGGCCGGCCAACGAAUCCUGCCCACUGACAUGGCGACGGUACUUUGGCGGCUCGUGUUCACGGUCAGGGAGCCGCCUAUACUUGGCCGUUGGCUACGUUUCCUCGACACACACCAAUCAAUCAGGGGUAUACCGCGCGACACGUGGAACAUGUUCCUCAACUUCGCCGAAGCGGUCGGUGACGAUCUCAGCUGUUACGACGACAACGAAGCCUGGCCCAGUUUGUUCGACGAUUUCGUCGAAUACGAGAACGACCAAGCGAACCAAAACAUCUCGAAGGAGAAGGAAUGUGACGAUAGGCUCAUUCAACAGGACAAUUGAGAAUGUGCCGAUUAAAUUGAAAUGUCGCACGAUACGAUAAGAGUGCCACUUCGCAUGUUUCGUGUGGAUGAACAUUUCCCAAUUUCGUUUCGUUGCUUGCCGAAUUCUGAGCCAUUUUCAAUUUACAUAAAACUAAUAUUUUUGUAUGACACGUCGGCUAAUAGUGUGGCAAUCCUUACUGUAUCGUGACCAAGACUGACAGAAACAUAUACAAAUAAGUGUGCACGUUUCUUAAUGUUCAGAUGUAUAGAUUAAAGAAUGCUUGUGGUGGAUUGUUUCGAAAAUUUGUUCCAUCAGUUUUCGGUACGGUCGAGCCAUUAGUUAUCAGUCUUGUAAGUUACAUUCGUGAUAUUACUUAGAUGUUUAAGGGUAAGGUACAAAAAGUGUUCGGUUGGGAAUUUUCACUUAAAUAUAUUUUAUGGCGCAAACAAUUAUAAGGAAUUGUUACCCAACCAUGACGAACCAUCUGCUUUGUUCUGAUCAAAUCAGAUACCUCUCUACACAAACCGUUACAUCACGUCACAAAAGGUUUGGCGUUCAGAUUGGUGAUCCACAAAAUUACUGCAAAAGUAUUUUCAAAAACAAAACAUAGUUAUAGGUAUUAAAGAAAUAUUUUUAAUAAAAAUCCGUCGAUUCUGCUUCGUCGUCCCAAAAAAUGUUUAUGUACAAAUUUGAUGAUGGAGUAGCAAACGGGCGAAUGGGAUUUUUUUCGUUUAUUUAACAUGGAUGUUACUUCAUUUAUUAUUCGUCCGUCACGCUACUUUUCCGGUGUGUAUCAUUCUAAACUUGACUCUUUAUGUUGCUUUAGAUGUAUUGUGAUGUUUCGUUUAAUGAGAGUGAUAUUAGGCAAACAAAAACAUGUGCCUGUGCAUUUCUUUUUUCAACAGCAAAUGUUUUGUUCAUUUCGUUCUGCAUACGCGGCCAUUUCUUAUCUUAAGUAUUUCAGAGCCGUCCAAAAUUACAAAAAAGAAAAUAAAAAAUGAAUCAGUAAUAUUGAAUAUUAUGCAUCUACUAUUCAGUUUCGUUUGGAAAUGGCCUACAAAUGUCAGUAUAAGUAUCAUAGAACAAGUAAUUUUAUUACUGAAGAAACAAAAACAGUUUUGAUAUAUAAUUGUCAGUGUGAAGUUACUUGUUUGUGUGCAUCUGUUGUGGUUGUCCCCCCAUAAAUGGUCAUGUUCUUUUUUGUGAUAUUUUAUUAUCAGUACAAGAAAACAUUCAAUUUUCUUGCGCAGAUGAUUUAUAAAAGCACUAUCAAUAAUUACUUACAUGAGUGUGCAUAAAUACAGUAAGUUUUAAUGUCUCAUAGUAUACAUUUAUUUUAUUACAAAGAUGUGGUUUGUAGAAAUAAGUUUUAACAUUCAAUUUUAGUGCAAUAAUGACUCAACACUCGUGUAACUAAUUUUUCAACCUGAAAGAUAUAUUUUUAUUGGAGUUUCUGAAAAUGCUUCAUUUUUUGAGUGUAUUUGUCUUGGAUAUAAGACUGAAAUUUUUGUCUUUUAGGUGCUGAUAAGAGAUUAUUCGAUUGUCAUCAUUUUUAAUAGUUUAAACGAGAAUAUUUAUUUAGUUUUUUUAAUUGUAGAUAUUACUGUAUAUUUGAAUGUUUUGUGAAUAAAGGAUUAUUAUGAACAA